GCCCACAUCCUUCCUUCCUCUCCUCCCCCAUGGCCCUUCCGUGGCUUUCUGUGGCCCAGCACCCUGUCCCAGGGGAAGGCUGAGAUUUAUGUCCCGGGUCUCCUCUCACCCACUCAGCUGCCUCUCACGUCACCAAUGGAGUUUUCCACACCAGAGGCCCCCACUCAGCUUCCUUCAAGGCCUCCGCCCUUCCCUCCCUUUGUCUCCUCUGAGGAGGAAGGGGGCCAUGCAGGGCAGGACAGGGUGCCCUGGUGUGGAGUGGUGUGUGGGAGAGGUUGGGGGCACAGGGCAUCCCAGUUCAGCCUGUGGAGCGGGAGGCCCCACCCAGCCCACUUUGCCUGCACCCUGUGGUGCCAGGCUCUGCGUAGGCCUGUGUCCUCACCGCAUACCUCUCGUUCCACAGCGCCUGCCUGGCCAGUGGGGAUGGGAAGAGGCACCUACCAGGAAAGGGGGUUGGUAAUGGGAGGAUGGGUGCCCCCCCCCAGGUCUAUGGCCACCUUGCCCUAGACAGGUGCUGGGCGUGGCUUCCAGUCCAUCAUCAUUAAUACAGCAGGUGACAGCCGUUGGUUGGUAACGGAAAGCUUUAGCCCCUGGGCAAAGAAACCUAGCUAGAGCCAAAGGUCAGCUCCUAGAGCCAGGAAAGCCGAGUUUGGGCAGGUGGCUCCCCUCAGCCUGUAGCAUUCAGAUGGGUACUUGGCAAGCACUAGCAGGUAAGGACUGUGAUCCCCAAAUGACAACCCCAGAGCCUGUAGUGCCAGUCAGCCCAGGGCCCCCAAAGCCCCUGGGUAAGAUGGCAUCUAGUCUGGACCAGCAGGUGGGGUCCAGAUCCCCUAGCUUCCCACCCCUUUGCCAGCCUGCUUAGUCCUCUGUGAACUGGCACCCUGGGGGGCUGGCUGUGCCCCGGGGGUAGGCAGGGAGCUAGCCUGAGGUGCAUUUCUUUGGGUACUGUUAACUUUCCCCUCUUUGCCAGUCUGACUCCAUUCUCUGGCCCUGGUGAAAUCUGAGUCAGAGCCAGAGCCGGCCACUUCCCCUUGGCUGUGAUGUCUCCCUUGGGGCGCUCCUGCCCCAGGGCAGGGGCUGGGCUGCUGUCCUUCCAGGCGAUAGUCUCUGGGCAAGUCCACUCCUCCACCUGGCAGGGCGGGGAAUGGGGCGGCCCGGAGGCUGGGGGCGGGGGUGGACUUUUGGCCAUUUUUCCCUCCAUCUCUUGUCAACAGCUGCAGAGUGAGCCUUGCUCCACUCACUCCUCUGACCUGCGAGGAAGCAGAGACCCAGAGGGCAGUAGAGAACCCUAGAGACUGAGGUGGAGGUGGAGGAGCAGCGGGUGGAGCUCUUCAGCGAGGCUCCCUGGCCAGAGCCCCUUGGGGGCCCCCCAGGGGUGCUGCCCUCCUGCCUCUGUGGGGCCGCUGCCCCAGGGGGGCCUGCUGCUCAGGAUGUCUCUGGCUGUGGAGACAUUUGGCUUUUUCCUGUCGGCCCUGGGGCUGCUGAUGCUGGGGCUGACGCUGCAAAACAGCUACUGGCGUGUGUCCACCGUGCACGGCAACGUGAUCACCACCAACACCAUCUACGAGAACCUCUGGUUCAGCUGCGCCACCGACUCCCUGGGUGUCUCCAAUUGCUGGGAGUUCCCGUCCAUGCUCGCCCUGUCUGGGUAUGUCCAGGGCUGCCGUGCUCUCAUGAUCACCGCCAUCCUCCUGGGCUUCCUGGGCCUCGGUCUAGGCCUGCUGGGGCUGCGCUGCACCAAUUUUGGAAGCAUGGAGCUCUCCAGGAAAGCCAAGCUGGCGGCCAUCGCAGGCGCCCUGGACAUACUGGCUGGAGUCUGCGGGAUGGUGGCCAUCUGCUGGUAUGCGGUCAACAUCACCCAGAACUUCUUCAACCCUCUGUACAACGGGACCAAGUAUGAGCUGGGCCCUGCCCUCUACCUGGGCUGGAGCGCCUCCCUGCUGUCCAUCCUGGGUGGCAUCUGCCUCGGCUCCAGCUGCUGCUGUGGCUCCAAAGAGGACCCGGCCACUCGGCCCAGGCUUCCAUACAAGGCAUCUACGGUGGUGGUGGCGGCCCCUGCCUCCUCGGAUGAAGACAUUAGCUUUGGAAAAUAUGGCAAAAAUGCUUACGUGUAGGUGUAAUAGGUAUUGGAGUCCUGGCCUGUGGACCCCCCAGCUCUCUGCAUCACCCCCCAGUGGGAAGGGUCCCCUUCCCAGCCCUGGGACCAACUGCCCCUAAAAAACUCAGGGAAGUCCUGCCCAGGCGCACCACUACCUCCUCUUCCUUGUCCCCUUU